UAUUUACUUGUUAUUUAUUACAGUUCUAGUUUUGACCAGGUUAACGUAGACCUGCACUUCCAGCUUUCAUUAAAUUUAAUAAUCUGAAAACAAGAAAUAUAAAAAUGCACAGAGUUCCACAAUUGGUGCGAAAAGUUGCCCAGCCAGCAAGCCAGAUGGUUGCAGUUCGUGGCUACGCAAAGAUUGUCUCUUUUGGUUCACCUGCAAGGGAGGAAAUGUUGGCUGGGGUUGACAAACUUGCGGAUGCUGUAGCAGUUACAAUGGGACCUAAAGGUCGUAAUGUUAUUAUUGAGCAGGCGUGGGGAGGGCCAAAAGUAACCAAAGAUGGAGUUACUGUCGCAAAAGCGAUAGAAUUCAAAGAUAGAUUGAUGAAUAUUGGAGCAAAACUUGUACAAGAUGUUGCAAGUAACACCAACGACGAAGCGGGUGAUGGAACUACGACUGCUACGAUAAUCGCAAGAGCAAUUGCGAAAGAAGGCUCGGAGAAAAUUAACAGAGGUGCGAAUCCAAUCGAUGUUCGACGAGGUAUUCAAAAAGCGGUUGUGAAAGUCACUGAUGCAUUAAAAGAAUUAUCCAGACCUGUGACAACACCUGAAGAAAUUGCGCAAGUAGCAACCAUUUCCGCAAACGGUGAUAAGGAGGUUGGCGAUCUCAUUUCCGAAGCUAUGAAAAAAGUCGGCAGAAAUGGCGUCAUAACGGUAAAAGAUGGAAAAACUUUGAACGAUGAGUUGGAUGUUAUUGAAGGCAUGAAAUUUGAUCGAGGUUAUAUUUCACCUUAUUUCAUCAACACAGCGAAGGGUCAAAAGGUCGAGUACCAGGAUGCUUUCUUGUUGAUAAGCGAGAAGAAAAUAACCUCUAUUCAAAGCAUUGUACCAGCGCUCGAACUUGCAAACGCUCAACGUAAACCUCUCAUUAUAGUUGCAGAAGAUAUUGAAGGUGAAGCUCUUACAACCCUCGUCGUAAAUCGUUUGAAAGUUGGUUUACAAAUUGCUGCUGUAAAAGCCCCAGGCUUUGGAGACAACCGUAAGAAUAUGCUGAAAGAUAUGGCAAUUGCUACUGGAGGAAUCAUUUUCGGUGACGAAGCCAUGGAAUUAAAAUUAGAAGAUGUUCAAGUCCAUGAUUUAGGAAAAGUUGGCGAAGUUGUAAUUACCAAAGAUGAUACUUUGUUUUUACGUGGAGCGGGGAAACAGGACGAUAUCGAACGCAGGAUCGCUCAAAUUCAAGAACAACUUGAAGACACAACAAGCGAUUAUGAGCGUGAAAAAUUGAAUGAACGUCUUGCUAAACUUGCCAGUGGCGUCGCCGUCUUAAAAGUAGGUGGUUCAAGCGAGGUUGAAGUCAAUGAAAAGAAAGAUCGUGUCACAGAUGCUCUCAACGCAACACGAGCAGCUGUCGAAGAAGGUAUUGUUCCUGGAGGUGGAAUCGCUCUUCUCCGCUGUUCGCCUUCACUUGAAAAUAUUGAGGUCGAUAAUAAGGACGAACAAAUUGGGGUCGACAUUGUGAGGAAAAUUCUCAGAAUUCCUACGUCAACUAUCUGCUCCAAUGCUGGAUUGGAAGGUCAACUUAUCGCAGAAAAAUUACUUCAAGCUGAAGGAGAUUAUGGGUACGACGCCCGUGAAGACCGGUAUUGUAACAUGAUGGAAGCUGGCAUCAUUGACCCGACAAAAGUAGUCAAGCAAGCUCUUGUUGACGCAUCAGGAGUAGCGUCGUUAUUGACAACUGCAGAAGUUGUCAUCACAGAAGAGCCGAAAGAUGAAUCAGCUGGGCCACCUAUGGGUGGUAUGGGAGGCGGAAUGGGGGGCAUGGGAGGAAUGGGUGGGAUGAUGUAAAUCUUCCACACUGAAUUAUUAAGAUUCAGAGACCGUCCCUCAACUGAGAUAGUUCAAUUAACUGCCUAUGAACUUGAUUCAAAACACUGCAGACAGAGUUCAACAUUCAGAUUUCAACGCAUUUUAAAAUGAUGGCUACCCAGAGCCAGAUAAAUCAGGCAUUUUUAAUUUAUUUAAUAAAAUUGGACCACUGGACGUCUCAUUCUGCUAUUUUAUAGUCUUGAACAUUCACCCAGGUCCAUAUUCCAUCACAUUGAUCUGAUGCUUCAAGUUUUAAUUUGGUUGUUAGGGCAGGGGGUUUAAAAAUAAAUAAUUACAAUUCUAAAUACAUUUUGAAAUGAUAUAUAACAAAUUGGGUCAUGUUUGACAAAGAAAUUUGCAGAAAUUCUUGAUGGAACUUGAAUUCAGUAAUGCAACCCCUAAUAAACAUUGCUCUGACCGAUUUCAUGUUAUUCGAAAGUGUCGGAAAUUACUUUUUUUUCUGUCUGACCAUCAGCCAAAUACUAAUAAUUCCAGAUAAUUUUAGAAAAUGUGAAAUUUCUAUAUUAUCUUUUUCUUAAUAGGAAAUCACAAAGCGUGUUACAAUUAUCGUCCAUUUUGCAAUUGAUAAUAAACAUACCUGAAAGGGUCGUCAUGAUUUUCAAUUACCUUGCCAAUGUUUGAACUCUGACCUUUGAACUUAAUAAUUCCAUUUUUUAUUGAUUUGCAUUUUUAUUUGUAAUUGUGUCAUUGCUGUCCUGUGAGCCAGUGCAAAAGUAAUUUUGGAAAUUUUGAUGUUAAACUUCAAGAUAGGGAUUAUACCAGGGGUGGGUGUUGUUGCAUAGGCUGCAUUCGGAAAAUAUUUUAGCGAAAGGGUGCUUAUUUUUUUUAAACCAUAUCAUAUAGUUACCAUAUCCUAAUAAGUUAAGAUUUAGUAUGUAAAAUAUCCCUUAUUAAAGAUUUUCAAAGAGGAGUAAGGAAAAAGUAAAAGGAAAAAUAUCAAAUGAUACAAAUUAAUUGCCAAAUCGAAGUUCAUUUUCACAACUUCUCGCGGGCAAGGGGUCGCACAGAAUGCUUUGAUGAGCCGCAGUUUGCCCAUCCCUGGUUUAUAUCCUCCAGCUAGCUACAUGCCCGCUGCUAUCACAGUUCUUAAUUUCAUUUUUCAUAGACUCUCUCGUGCACCAUUGUUGCAAGUCUGUUACACGUUCAACAAUAAUUUCUUGUGAUUGAUUUGAAAAAAUCAUGCCAUUAAAUUACUGCCAGGCUAUGAAGU